UCUUCUAUGCAAAAGCCCUUUUCUUUAUAAAUUCAUCAUCAGCUCUUCACCUCACUAUCAACUAGAGAGAAAUAAAUAAAGAAAUCCCAUUUCUCCUCUGCACUCCAUGGAAAACUGUGUUCAUAAUGGGAUGGACAUUAAUGUGGUCCAAAAUGACAAUCCUACUGAGUUAUGUCCAAAUCCAGUGCCUCAGUUUCAGGGUUCCAAUGGAGGGUUUCAUCAGGGUAGUGAUGAUUUUAACAAUUUUAUGAACUAUUCAGCAUCAGGACCGGAUUUUGGUGACUGUAUAACAAUGGAGUCUCCAACUGGAAGAAAGAGCUUCAACAAGAGAAAAACAGAGACUGUUGUAGAUGAUAAAUGUAAAGACAAGAGGAUCAAAGGAGAGAUGGAAAUGGAAUCCGAGUCCAAAACGAAAUGCAGUACGGAUGUUUCAAGAGACUCUUCAAUGGAGAAUUCGAAGGCUCAGCAGAAGCCAGAUUACAUUCAUGUAAGGGCACGUAGGGGCCAGGCUACUGAUAUUCACAGUUUGGCAGAAAGAGCAAGAAGGGAAAAGAUCAGUAAGAAGAUGAAAUGCUUGCAAGAUUUAGUCCCAGGUUGUAAUAACAUCACUGGAAAGGGUGGAAUGCUUGAUGAAAUAAUCAACUAUGUUCAAUCUCUGCAUAAACAAGUUGAGUUCUUGUCUAUGAAACUUGCUGCUCUAAAUCCAACAGUAGAAUUCAAUGUCGAACACCUACAGAUGAAAGCGUUUGCUGCUUAUGUCGCCAAAUUUCCAGCAGCCAUUACAUCACUGGAAACGGCUGGUUUGGCCUUUCUUCAGUUGAAAAAGGAAGCUGUAAUUUGCAUGUUGGAUGCAACAAUGAACCCUCCCCGAACGGUCACAGAAGGAAUGAAUGCAAGUACUUCUUUAUCUAUCCCAGAACAAGCUCUUGGCUCAUCCUGCAUCACUGCCCUCAAAGUGUGCACAAUUUGGGGUCUUCUUAAGAGUGAUCAAACAAUUUUGGUCAUGUUAAGUAUAGCUGAGGCUCGGGUUCUUGAUGUUAGUAGUUGUGUUCUUUCAUCCUCCAGCAAAAUCAAGAUGUUUACAAACAAAAAGAUUAAUGUGGUGCUCGAUGAAAUGAAUUUUCUGUUAUGGAAACAGCAAGUGUUACUUACUGUGCACAGUCAUCGUCUUGAACGAUUGCUUACUGGUGCAUUAAAGCCUCCACCUGAGUUGGUUGAUGAUGAAAAUGGUGCAAUGAUUCCGAAUGAAGAUUAUGAAGAUUUUGUGGCACAAGACAGUUCCUUGGCUUCCUAG